AAACUUAUGGAAUUGACGCGAGAGGCAAAUCAGUUGUUAUACCUAUAUAAAUAGUUAAGCCUAACAUUUAAGAAGAUAAUGUCUUCUUAUCUAAGUUAUUUUGAUUCCCCUAUAAAUUUUCAAGCAAUUCCACUCAUUUUUGAUUACCCUAAAGAUUGGGAAAAUAUCAGACACCAAGAAACAGCUAAUUGGCGUAUAAGCAAUAGAGUUAAAACCGUUAAUGGUCUGUUAGUUUUAUGCUUAAAUAUUGGGGUGGACCCACCAGAUAUAGUUAAAAUUAAUCCCCGAGCAACACUUGAAUGCUGGAUUGAUCCUACAUCAUUAUGUCCUCACGAGGCUUUAGAAAUGAUAGGAGGGCAAUUGCAAGAACAAUAUACCAAAUGGCAGCCAAAAGCCAGAUAUAAACAAUGUUUAGAUCCUACAAUUGAAGAUAUAAAACGAUUAUGCUUAUCCUUGAGAAAAAAUGCAAAAGAUGAGCGUGUAUUAUUCCAUUAUAAUGGUCAUGGAGUUCCUAUUCCUACUAACAGUGGAGAAUUAUGGGUAUUUAAUAAGAAUUACACACAAUACAUUCCUUUAUCAGUGAAUGAUCUAAAGGAAUGGCUAUCCACCCCAGUCAUAUACGUUUUCGAUUGUUCCAAUGCUGGCACCAUAUUGUCCUCUUUCUUCAAAUCGGGCUCCUCAAAUUUGGAAUCCAAAGACAAGGGCGAUAAAACAAAAGCCACUUCCAAUACCAACGUCGAAAUUACCAGGAGUGAAAACAAAAAUAUUCCAAUCACUUCUACGUCCUCAACGUCUAGCCACAACGUUAACAAUCUCACUAUCACAGAAACUAGAGAAACAAAAAAAUCAACUGUUGACCCUCAAAAUGUGCGCAUGAUCAUGAAUGAACAAUCUACUUCAUUUCUAGCUUCAAACGCGGCAAUCUUAUUGGCUGCUUGCCGGGCCAACGAAAAUUUAAGUCUGAACCCGGAUAUUCCGGCAGACGUUUUCACUUCCUGUCUCACUACGCCGAUCAAAAUGGCGGUUAAAUGGCACAUCCUUCAAAACAAGACCUCUCUAUUCUUGAACGAUCUAGAUCUCGUCGAUAAGAUUCCCGGUCAACUUAGUGAUAGAAGGACCCUUUUGGGUGAACUCAAUUGGAUAUUUACUGCUAUCACGGAUAGCAUUGCUUGGAAUUGUUUCCCUAAAGAUUUAUUUCAACGACUAUUUCGCCAGGAUCUGCUCGUGGCAAGCUUGUUCCGAAAUUUUUUGCUAGCUGAAAGGGUCAUGCAAUUUUACGGGAAUCAUCCCGUUUCGAUCCCGGAACUACCCAGGACCUGCGAUCACAAAUUAUGGCUAGCAUGGGAUUACGUGAUGGACGUUUCCCUGACCCACCUCAAGGUCUACCUGUUUCAUUUAAACAACGUAAAACUUCAGCGGCAAUUGUUGGUGCAAGCCCAAUUGCUACAAUAUCACACCCUGAAAGCAAAUUCUUCAGCAACCAACAAAAAACCAUCUUCCAUCACCUCCUCCAAAAAAAUCUCCAAACUUCCAAAAUUGAAAUCCAAUAAAAUUAUCUCCACCAAUCCGUCCCUCAUGGGCGACAAAGCUGCCUUGGAUCCGACGCUAGAAUCCAAUUUGGAAAUUCUCACUGCCGAAAUGUCGGCUCUUUGUCAGGCCUUCUUUUCCCAACAACUCACCGCUCUCGAGGCAAGACUCGUUUCAACCAAAAUUCCUCCCACUUCGACAGGUCUCAGGGACCUGUCCGAUUCUUUGCCCAUUGUUUUGCAAGUUUUGCUCAGUCAAAUUCAUAGAGUCAAAGCUUUGGACUUAUUGGGAAAGUUUUUAGACUUAGGAGCCAUUGCCGUCAAUCAAGCCUUGUCGGUGGGAAUAUUCCCUUACAUGCUAAAACUUUUACAGAGCCCAGCUCGGGAAAUGAGGCCCUUGUUAGUUUACGUUUGGGCAAAGAUAUUAUCCGUCGAUAAUAGUUGCCAAGCCGAUCUCAUCAAAGAAAAUGGACAUAAAUAUUUUAUAACCGUUUUAUGUGAUAUCACUAUGCCGAUUGAGUACAGGACAAUGGCUCUUUUUUGCAUAUCUAGUCUUUUAUACCACUAUCCCGUCGGACAAGAGGCGUGCAUGCAAGAAAAUAUAAUUAGCAUUUGUUUGGAACAGCUGACUGAUGCCCAAAUAGACAACAAAUCGGACUCUACUCUUGUAAAAUCAUUUCGCAAUCCAAAUGCAGCUCCCCCAUCCCUCCUAACAGGCCGUAAAAGACGUUUGUUCCGUCUAUGGCUUGUAAUAUGUCUAAGUUGCGUUUGGCGUCGGUUCGAACCCGCCAGGUGGAGAGCCGUGAGGGAUUCUGCCCUAGAAAAACUUAAGCCUCUUAUCAUAAAAUCUCGUUUUUCCAUCGAUGUCGCAGUAAAAAACACGCAACCCAGCAUUAAUACUUCUUACCCCCUGGACCCCAUUUCAGCUUCGUCCAACGACCUACGAAAUACAAAUUCAACCACGAAAAAGGCCAUAAAUACCGAUGGCAAUUUAUUGAAUACCACAAAUCUUAUAAAUUCUUUUAACCCACUAAACCCCCUGGUGUCACUGUUCAGGAGUACAGAGAGUUCGGAAAAUGACUCUCCUGUAACCGCCAUUGAUAGUAAAAGAUCGAUAGGAAGUGACGAUAAAGGCAAUUAUGAAUACGUUAGUCAAUCAAAUAUGUAUAGCGAUGGCCCCGAGAUUAGGGUAGCAGCUGUACUCGCAUUAGGCAAUUUAAUAUCCGGGUCUAGUGUGCAUAGCGAUCAUUCGGUCAGUGUUGAUCAUUCUAUUGCCAGAGAUUUAUUUAGCGAUUCUGCCAAUGGAUUAUUGAUUCCAAUUGCUUCGAUCAAAGGUGCUACUGGGAUCGCUGUGCGUGAUGGCAAUUAUCUGGUUCGAAAGGAACUCGUAGUAGCAAUUCAAAAUCUGAUCCACUCUUACGAAAACCAUUUUAUUUCCCUGACCUCCAAACUCUUGGAGGAAGAAACCAAGAAAAUCGAGACUUCCGCCGAAGAUGCUCAUUAUUUAACCGAUACAUCAUCGAAAAUCCCGUCUAUGAACAAGGCUUUUUCAAGUUCUACUAUGACCCUAAACAAUAUAAGCGGUUUAACUGACAGCGCACCUUCCUUAGUAUCCUCCUCCACCAAUGUUUACUACCUAAUCUGGAAAACGUUAUUAACACUUUCCGCCGAUCCCCACGUGGACGUUGCUCAAAGCGCUAAAAUAUUGAUUUCCAACCUUAAGAGAAGAGUCUCUCUCUUGAAUUCCGCCAAACGAGAAACGUCGAAAACAUUGGAAAAACAUGGUUCCUCCGGAUUUUUAGCCUCCCUUACAAAAAGCGACGAAAAAAUGAACCCACAAACGUAUUCAACCUCUCCUCACUCUGCUAUCCUUAUAUCUAAUGGGGGACCUGCCUCCAACUUAAAUCUACCGAUCACUCCUACUUCGACCCCGAUCUCAUCGUCUCCCACCACGUCUAACGCCCCCCUCAUAAAUGUUGGAUCGCCUGAUAUAACUUACAGUUUUUCGCGGUCCAGAAAAAUUUUCGAUAAAGGACCAUCUUUGAUAACACAGGACACUUACGAAGAAUUGAUUAACGAAUCUGACUCGGCGAUAGAUAUAACAAACAAAUCUAAUUAUCAAAGAGUUUUUAGCGUUUUUGUUUCCGAUUGUUGCAAAAGUUUUUGGAAACAAGUCGAUGUGCUAAAUCCUCAAAAAGAAAAAUUUCCUCAAGAAUUUGAAAGGGCAGCUCGAUCCCUAAAAUACGCAGCCAACAAUCAAUUUAUCAACGAGGCCAAAAAAAUUUACCCCACCAGGAAAACCGGAACUUCCUCUACUUUUAUCAAGGAGAAUACGAUGCCAAAAUUCGAAAUAGAAUCCUCAUUGCCUAAAUUUGCCUCUCGCCCCACUUGCCUUAGAUUUUUUCCGUUCCACCCUUUGAUCGCCGUGGCCGAUACGGCUAACAAUGUCAAUAUGUGGAACACGGAUAAUCAACAGAUGAUGUGCGGUUUCGUGAAUUGCAGCUUGGACACCAAAAUUACUUGCAUGGAAAUUCUUAACGAUUUCGAUAUAUACCCUUUACUGUGCGUGGGAUCUAGUGAUGGUUCGAUUAGGAUUUGGAAAAACCUAUUCAAUCCUCGACGCUACGUACCUCGCGUGUCCACGGUGAGUCCUGUAAUUUUCACAUCUACCUACUCGUCAUCUACACCUUCGAGUAUACAAGCCCAUUCUAACAGUGUAACGGGCAACGAUAGUGAAACGGGGAGAAGCGAUAUGGAACUAAUGGAUAGUAGGGAGAUCGUCCAGCCCAAAAUCGUCGGGGCCUGGAACGGACUCACUGACUUUAAUCCUGCCGGACUGAAAACUGCCAAUCUGAAAUUUUAUUGGGAUCAAAUGAAAAAUUAUCUUUUUGUUUCCGGCGACGCCAAAAUUAUCCGAAUUUGGGACCUGCAGAAACAAUUAAAAUUAUAUGAUAUAGCUACUAAAAGUGAUUAUUCCUUAACUAGUCUUACCUAUUCCUCACAAGACAAUCAUUUACUCGCCACCGGUUACAAUGACGGCACAAUCAAACUUUUCGAUAUAAGAAUUCCGGAAUAUAACGCUAUAAAAACUUACAAGGAGAGCAAUAGCCCUAUAAUGAAAAUUGGUUUUUAUCAAAGCAACGACAAUAAUUUGAUAAGUGGCAGUUUGAAUGGAGAAAUCAAGUUAUGGAACUUGGCAUCUAGUUCACUUUCCUCAUUUAGAACGGCCAAAUUUAGUCAUCCCAUUUCAGCUAUCGAUAUUCAUUCCUUGACCAGUUUAGUCUCGGGAGGUCUCACUAAUCAAACGAUAGGCUUGUACAAUCCAAGGGGAAAUUUAAUGUCUUCGCUUAAAGCUCCAACCUGGUUUAGCGCUCAAAAAUUUGUUCAUACCACAGUUCUAGUCUUUCACCCCUACAAACUGUUAUUGGCAUCUUGCGCGGAAAAUUUGGUCUCUCUCUAUUCCAUUAACCCACAACCCCAAACUGCGCCUCGCAAAUAAUAGGUUUUUUUUAAAAAAAAUUAUUUUUAAGAAAAAUUGGAAAAUUGCUUAUUAUUGGGUUUUAUAAACGCAAAUUUUUUAAAAUUAAAUAUCUUAAAAUAAAGAUCACCUUACUUAUAAAAUGGAGGACUUAAAAAUGAGUGUAUAUACUAUAUAAAUGAUUAACCAUAUCUCUCGCGCAAUUAAAAAUCAAUAUUUACCUUUUAUAAAAACGAAAAUGUGAUAUUAUAUAAUGCUUUUUAUAUAUAUUUGUAUACACAUGUAAAUAUGAAGUUAAAAAUGUCUGAUUUUCAUAUAUAAAUUUUUUUUUAAACUUUUACCUCAUACAAAAAAAGAGCUUACAAAACUGCUAGAUAAUAUUUAUAUCAAUUAUUAAUGCAAAUCCCCCCCCCCCCCAAUAUCCUACAUACAAUUUUUUUUUAGACAUUAUUUAAUAUUGUAUUUAUCGCGGUCUUUAUACAAUUAUAUUUAAAUAUAUAAUGAUAAUAAUUUACAUAUUUUUUUUGUGGUUGUAAAAAAAAUUAAUUUUUUUAAUGAUUAUAUUUAAUCAAAAAAUUAAGUGGGCAUCGAUUUUUAGUUUUAUCUUUUAAAGUUUUCUAAGAAAACUA